UUGAGCAUUGGGGCAAAAGCAGCUGUAGCCUGCUGAAAUGAUGAUGAAGCACUCGAUCCACUGAAGAGAGCUCGUGGAAGGACGCAGCAUCACGUCUGUUAAACCCGUGACUCGAACAAGUGCGCUCGCUCAACACAACUUACCCAAAAAGACGCAAUGAUCAACACCCAAGCAAGAGCUGUGCUUCUGGAUUCAGCUUGUGUGCUCCGCUGGGUCAGGCGGCAGGCUCCAGGGCCUCAGUGGUGCUCCGAUGCCCCUUACCCACAGAUGAACACAGCUGGACAAGACAUGAGCCGGGAUCUGCCUCGAGAUGUGCUCCUUUACAAGGAUGGGAAGUUAACCGUGAAACAGGCAACCUCACUGGACAACGAAUCAUCCAUUCUGAUAUUUCAGUAUCAGCUAAGUGAGCAGUUGUCCUGGAGCAUGCAGACUGUGCUCUCUGGCCAUAGCCUGUUUGUUGGUUUACCAAAUGGAGAACUUCUCAAAGGCACCAAAGAAGGGCUCACUGCGGUUUUGGAGUUUGCAGAGGAGAAAUUGAAAAUCAAUCAUGUAUUUGUGUGGUUCCUGAAGAACAGGCCAGAUAAAUUGCUCCUUACCAGAGCAUUCUGCUACCUUGGCUUUGAGCUUGUUAAACCAGAUCAUCUUAUAGCAUCUAUUGCAGGAGAUUUGCGUCUUAUGGUCUACGAUAUUCAACAAACUCACUCAUCUGAAGAAUAACUAAAACAUACACAGAUAGUCUAUAGACUGUUGCUAACUGGACUAAACCAACAAUAUCAGGGUUAUUGUGAAAAAUGUACAUUGCAGAGGGCCAUUGAGGCUACUGCGAAAAGCAAAUCAGUAACUGCAAAAACAAAGUAUAAUAAUUCAAAGUAUGGGCUAAUUUGUUUGCCUCAAGAAACACGCCAUUUCAUACUGAACAUUUAAAUUGUGUGUUCAAGGUAUCAAAACAGCAAUAACUGGGUUGUUGUAUGUGACAAUGACUCAAAAUGACUCAAAUAACAUGCCUGUGAUAUUCAUACUUAACAGUAAUUCCU